UCCAAUUCGAUGAUCAAGGAAACACCAUUCUGCACCUUGCUGCAAUGCUGGGGGAAUUUCUACCAUGGCGCAUUCCUGGUGCUGCUCUGCAGAUGCAAUGCGAGAUCAAAUGGUACAAGUAUGUUAAGAGCAAAAUUCCACGACGAAGCUUUGUUCACAACAACACUAGCGGAGAAACCCCAGGGAAGAUCUUCACACAGACACACCGAAAGCUAGUCAAAGAAGGCACUAAUUGGCUUAUCAAAACAUCAGAGUCAUGUUCUGUAAUUGCUGCACUCAUUGCCACUGUUGCAUUCGCUACCUCAGCCACAGUGCCUGGUGGAUUAAAAGAGGAUACUGGGCAUCCAGUUCUGGAAAACCAAACAGAAUUUGACGUGUUUUCCAUCACUUCCCUAGUUGCUCUUAUCCUCGCUGUCACAGCCCUUGUGUUUUUUCUUUCCAUCAUUACUUCGAGAUGUGAGGAACGUGAUUUCGAAAAAACAAUGCCGGGGAAGCUUUUGCUGGGCUUAAGUUCUCUCUUUGCAUCCAUUGUUGCUAUGUUGAUCUCAUUCUGUGCAGGGCAUACCUUUAUCCUGAGAGAGAAAUUGAGAUAUGCAUCAGUUCCAAUAUAUGGUGUUGCUAGUAUACCAGUGGCAUUUUUUGCUCUCGUGCAGCUGCCACUAUGUUUUGAUCUUCUGUGGUCUACACUCAUAAAAGUGCCACUUCGCAAUUACGAGGUGUUCUUUGAUUAGAUUUCCAUCUAUUUCCCUCGUAUCGCAAAGCUCACUCGAUUAAAUCUUUUUAUAUUGAUAAACUACUCUAAAGGUUCAACCUGGAAUAUAGCAUUAUUAAACAAAGCAGUCACAGUAUCACAUUCAAUAAUCUCUGCGUAGGACAGAGAAAGAC